AACAGUCGGCGGGCGGAGGAAAAGCAGCCCAUCCGUGGAUGUGACACGCUUACAAAUACAUAGAAAACAACCCAGCGAUCAGCAGCAGGACACGAUGGUCCAACUCCAGCACCGUGUGUAGUGCGGUCGAUUCAACCGGACGGCGAAGUUUCGUUCGUUUCCUCUCUCUCUCACCCUCCCCGAGUCCCUCAGAGGGACCACCACCACCACCACCACCAUGGUGAAGCAGUCGGACCGAGCCCCGCUGCUGGACUGGGAGGAGAUCCCACCGGCCGAUGCGAGCCAGGCCGCCCAGCAGCAGCAGCAGCAGCAGCAGCAUCCGCCUCUGCCGCCGUCGCGGGAGGAGAAGGUCGCCCCGAAAAGUUCGCAGCCACCGGGGCGGCGCCCGGCCGCGGUGACCGUGGCUGGCACCGGGUGGAGCGCCGCCGUCACCCGCGGGCCCGAGAGCAGCGCAACAGCUGCGGACCGCAGCGGCAACGGAAGCCCGGGCCGCCCGCGGGCGGAGCCUCCCGGCCCGGGUCGCGGUGCCCUCUUCCCCGGCCUCUCGUCGAGGGGCCAGUGGGAGGAAAAAGACCAGAUCGUGGCGGUGUUCGUGGUGACCUUUGGUACAAGAUCAGGGAAUAUGAUCGAGUGGUGCCUGCCUCACGACGUCAACCUGGAUGGAGUUGAAUUCAAGUCAAUCGCUAGCGGCUCCCACCGGAUCACCAGUGACUUCAUAUAUUUCCGCAAAGGCUGUUACUUUGGUCUGGCCUGCUUUGCUAACAUGCCCGUGGACAGUGAGCUGGAGCGAGGGGCCAGGAUGAAGUCCGUGGGGAUUCUGUCUCCCUCCUACACGCUGCUCUACCGCUACAUGCACUUUCUGGAGAACCAAGUCAGGCACCAGUUGAAGUGCCCGGGCCAGUACUCUCCUCUGGAGGCCUUCUACGAGGACAAGAAGGCCGUGCUUCCCCCUACAGGAAAGGGUCUGGUCACCGCCUGCCCGACCUGGAGUGUCACCACCAUCAACCGCUGUAUGCACCCAGAGAUGAAGAUCACCCACCCGGCCGGCUGCAUGUCCCAGUUCAUCCAGUUUUUCGGGGAGCACAUCAUGGUGCUGUGGAAGUUUGCACUGCUGAGGAAACGGGUCCUCAUCUUCUCCCCUCCCCCCAUCGGCGUAGUCUGCUACAGAGUGUAUUGCUGCUGCUGCCUGGCCAAUGUCUCUUUACCUGGAAUUGGCGUCUCCGUGCCGGAAUUACGGCCUUUCUUCUACAUCAACAUAGCCGACAUCCCCGCCCUGGAAACGGAGCUGUCCUACGUGGCCUGCACAACAGAGAAAAUCUUUGAGGAAAAGAAGGAGCUGUACGACGUCUACGUUGAUAACCAGAAUGUGAAAACGCACAGGAGCCAUUUGCAGCCGCUGCUUCGACUGAAUGCAGCGGAUAAGGAGAAGUACAGGAAGCUGAGCGAGCAGAGGCAGAUGUUGCUUUACACUCAGGAGGUGGAUGGAGACUGCACGACAAAUGAAGAGGAUCUUUUCAUCCUGUUCUUCAUGGAGCUUAACAACCGCAUCUUUCAGAUCCUGUCGGACGUAGCAGGGAGCAGCGACCCCACCCUCACCUCCGAGCAUGUGAGGGCCAUGGGGCUGGACCCCCAGGGCGAUCGGUUCUUCUUGCUGGAGCUGCUGGAUGUGUACCAGAUUGACGUCGCGCUGGUCAUAGACAACCUCUGCUGCUCCUGAACGACCCCCCCCGCCCCGCCCUCCCCUUCCCUCUCCCCUCCGUCCUCACCCGCCAGCCUGGGAAACUGAAUGCCACGGGACACUCGUGCCUUUUACGGCCCACUCGCGACAAGACGACGUAGGCACUGCCUCCACCCUGGGGCUUCUCCAUCUGUCGCCUGCUGUCCCCUCCUGGCUGUCUGUUUUCCCUCUUUGUGCGUCUCGUCUGACCUUUUUGGAGACUGUUUCCAAACACCGCGGGUGACGGGGACAGUGAACGUUGCUGCACCGCUCCUCGGCAGGGGGGCGGCUGACAAAACGCUCGCCUCGUGGGCCAUUCCACCCGUCGGCCGCAUGGUCCCACAGUCUUUCACAUCUUUUUUGGCGAUACUGGUUCGCUUGUGCGCUCAUGUUUGACUUUGAUGCUGGCGUCGAUCUGGUCGGGACGUUGCUGCGGGGCGGUCACGUCACGCAGCACAACGAAGAGGUCGCAGAAAGGGCCACGAUCCCGCCGCCUUUUGGGUCUAACGUACGUUUCUUCUGAAGGAAGCGAUUCCUGUUACGUGGCCGCAUUUGUGCUACUGAAUAUGAAUUUGUGUGCUAUGAAUAGAUUUUUCUUUAGAAGACUCUAGGCAUCGUAAUGUGCAACAAAUUCAUCCUGCUGUGAUAACAUACUUGUGAAUCAAAUGCUUUUUGACUGCUUUAUUUACCUUUCAAAAAGGAAGCAAUAGAGGAGUGUGUUGGCUGAAACCAGCCCUCUUCGUGUUUCAUUGUUUUGUUUUUUUAGUUUUUAUUCUUUCUUUCACAACUGAAAGUGAGCGAGAGGAUGUUCGAUAUCCUCUUUUUCAAUGGGGAGCUGCAGCUUUGACACCAGGUACAUCUGAUGAUGUGAUGUGUUUGAUCGCAGUCAAAUGUGCGACUGAUGGACGCGCUCUUGAAACCUGUUUGUUACAUGUUUUACCCUAAACUAAGGUUGUCGUCGUCAAUGAAUGACACUACACCACUAACUUAUCACGAAUGCUGCACCACCUCCACCACUGGAAUAUUUCAAGAUGCACACAGUGGUUGUGGUUAAGGUGCACGUUUGUAUGUUUUUGACUAACCGUCUGAGCCAAUAGGUGGUUAUGGAGCGCGGGGGCUUUGCGUGUUGCACCGUGCACCUUCUUUUGUUUAUUUUACUCCAACUGUGGGCCAGUUCAUCAACGGCAGCCAAUAUAC